AACAGCCAGUACCACUUUCUCCCUGAUGAAGCUCAAUCAAACAACAAAAUAAGCCGUAGCCAGUAUAUCUUUUCGUUCAUCACUUAUUUUCAGAAUAAGCUGUUAUUGUCCUGAUUGUGUAGUUAGAGAAUGCUUUCUGAAUUGAUUUAUGUUGUAAUUCCUUGAUACAUGAGAUUUUUACGUUGCUUCAAUCUUUCAGGCUGUAUCAUCCGAUUUGCUAAUUUCGGCUGUGGAAUCUGACCAUGUCAGUUCCAGCACAGGUGUGUGAAAAUGGAAUUGAGCAUGUUGAACUGCUUCCGGCGACCAACGAUGACCAUGGAGGGAUCAUUGUGGAGAUGAAGGAGGCCAUGGACUCCGAGGUCUUUGUUACUUUGCUUAGAGCUUCUGUCUCUGAGUGGAGGCGACAGGGCAAGAAGGGUGUCUGGAUUAAACUGCCCAUUGGUCUAGCAAGUCUGGUGGAACCUACAGUGAAGGAGGGAUUUUGGUACCACCAUGCCGAGCCAAAAUACCUGAUGUUGGUUUACUGGAUUCCUGAAACCACAUGUACAAUUCCUGCAAAUGCUUCAAACCGUGCAGUUAUUGGUGCUAUCGUCUUGAAUGAUAAAAGAGAGUUGCUUGUUGUUCAGGAAAAGAGUGGUAAAUUCCAAGGAACGGGUGUGUGGAAAAUUCCUACUGGGGUUGUGGAUGAAGGUGAGAAUGUUUUUGAGGCAGCCACAAGAGAAGUAAAAGAGGAAACUGGAAUUGAUACAAAGUUCCUGGAGGUACUAGCAGUCAGGCAUUUACACAAGACAUUAUUUGAGAAGUCAGAUCUAUUAUUUAUUUGCAUGAUGCGUCCUCUAUCGCUUGACAUCCAGAAGCAAGAAAUAGAGAUUGAGGCAGCCCAGUGGAUGCCAUUUCAGGACUUUGCAGCUCAACCUUUUGUCCAGAAGCACCAGCUUUUCAAGUACAUUAUUGACCUAUGCUUGGCAAAGCUACAUGGUGACUACAGAGGAUUCUCACCGCUGCCUAUAACGUCAACUUUCAACAACAGUACGAGUUAUUUAUAUUUGAACAGCCGGGAUCUGAAGUAUUCUGAACAAUUUCUCAAUUCCUUCUGACGAAUUCUAGGUGAAAAAUAUCACCUAGAAUUGGUAUUUGUUGUCGGUGUAUCAAACCCCUAUUUCCCAUAUUAUUUGAUAUUUUUAAUGAAUAAAUACUCGAUACAGAGCUGACCAAUGGCAUUCUUUUUUUCUUUUUUCAUGUUUUUCUGUUCUACAAACAUGUCCCAAUUCAGACACUAUUAUUAGAGCAUGUGAGAGUUACCACCCUGCGGGGUGGUACAAGGGUCUUAUAAGGAUUGUGUCUGUAAAGAGAGCUGAAUGGAAGAAAGCACUAUGUAGUAUUCCUAUUUAUGACCACCAAGGCUUGGUUGCAUUGAGCUGGAAAAUCCUACUUUAUGCUGUGCUAGUUUACUGCUUCCAUGAAGGUGUCUCUUGAAUUGAAACGUGUCAUUAGGUUGAUUAUAUUUAAGACCAGAAAUCAUGGACUGAAGUUAGUGUAUUCUCAGUGUUGUCACCAUUGUUGACAGCAUAUAGGUCUUUUAUGUCAUAAAAGAAGACAAUUUUAGAGCGGAGGACAAAGGAAAAAUGGAAACAAACAAUGACGUUGCCUGCAUGUGGACUGUGUUACCUGUACAUCAUUAUGACAGAUGGUUGCCAUGCGGCACCAAAUCCGGGGUGCAGAAGAAAAAAUGUGAGAUAUCCAGAUUCCAAAGGUCAGUAGGUUGUUGGGGUUAUAAAUCUGAAGAAGGGUGUAGAAUCGUCCGAACCAUUCACAAAGCUCCCCAAGGCCCAAGUGACAUUCUAUCUUCCUCUAGAUACACCCUUAAAUUUCUUAUCCUAGUAGAUACUUGAUCCUAUCCAUCCUAGUUCUGUUUCUCGAUUUUCUUCCGAGGUUUGACUUUCUAGUAGGAAAUAUAAUGUUUCUAGCAGAAUAUGUGUUUCUCAUAGCAAUAUGGUUGUUGUCGGCGCCCAAACUUGGUUGCUCAGCGUCAGGGGAAGUUCCUGGCGAUGUCAUACCUUCUUCACCUAUUGCUUGUAUGAACUGCACACUUUGUCAGUCUUUAUGCCAUGCACCAGCUCCUCCACCUCCCUCUGGCUAUCCUUCAUAUGAAACUCCACCGCCGCCCGCCCCAACAUAUGAAGCACCUCCAACAUAUGAAGCGCCACUGCCACUGCCACUGCCACCGCCACCGCCACCGCCUGCUCAAGGAAGCUGCCCAACAACUCCUGUUGUCCAGUGCUGCCAAUACCCUCCUCCCACUACCUACGGAUAUGUGCCUUAUGACAACUAUUCCGCUUCAUCUCCUCCGCCUAUGUUCCUUUUUCCCUGUAUGAUGUCAGUAUUUUCCUAUGCCGUUUUGUUCCAAGUGUGACUCUUGUUUUCAUAUUUUAAGUCGAUCGGAAUACAUCAUGUUUUAUAAAUUGGAAAUAGUUUUGUAAUAAAUAAAACCCUAUUGAUUGCUUUUCAGAUUUCAA